AGGAAGUGCCGAUCACGUGAGCGCGUCAGUUUCCUGUUUACUACUCGCUGCCAUUCUCUGUCUGCCACUCGGAUUGCAACACUCUGAACGACUGGAUUUUACUGUAGGAGCCCAAAAUUACUUCGCUGUUGUGCUUUUUGCAGCAGUGACAAUUCUGCCAUGGUAAACUCAUUUGAAUAGCCUCGCAACAUUUAGUUUUUAACUGAAAAAUGAAGACGUGACAUUGAAGAACGUGACUAGGCCGGGAGUCCUCUGUGUUUCCUGAGCGACGUGUCUGUUAUUCGGUCGGCUUGAGGUCUGGAUGUUGUGACUGAGAGAGUAUGACACUGGUCAGUGGACCAGAAGCGUCGUGCACAAGCAAAGCCGCUGUCUUCUGUCGUGAACGGACAAAUCUGACAGUUUGCUAGCUUUGCCUUUGCCGGACUGUUUACGUGUUGUUGUAAAGCGAGCCUGUGGAAGGUAGCUAGGUUGUGUAGCUUCGUGUUUGUGUUAUUGGGUCCUGUCACUGAGAGUGAGUGGUUAGCUAGCUCGCUCGGCUAGUUAACGGACCAGUAGCGUAGAGGAGGGUUCAGCUCGCCGGUACCCUGAACUCUCGACGUCUCCCCGGCUCCGGCCCCCUGAAGCGGGCGGUGAGGAAGAAGCUGGCCGGGAAGGGAUGGCCUGGAGGCAGCUCCCGGCCUCACGGAGCGGCGCUGUUUGAGGGAGGUCGAGUUCGCAUCGAGCACGAAGCGACGGGCCGCGGCGCGGUGAUGGCCACCGGCAGCCUGAGUGCUUCUGGGGCAACGGCGCGGAAGAGCGAGGACAUAGCAGAUCUGAUCGACCUGUUUUCCAAGACUCAGUACAGAGCAAAGGAGGUUACCCCACGGGUGGAGAGAAUAGAGAAGCGAUGCCUGGAACUGUUCGGCCGUGACUACAAGUACUGCGUGAUCCAGAACAGCAAUGGCGAGGUGUGCGGCCACUACCCUCGCCACAUUGUCUACUUGGAGUACGAGUGCACUGAGCCCAAUAAAGAAAGUUUUGAGAGUACAGUGCAAAUCAACAAGUUGCAGGAUUUGGUGAACCGCAGUAAGAUGGCCCGUUGUAGAGGGAGAUUCGUCUGUCCAGUCAUCCUCUACAAUGGCAAGCAUGUGUGCCGGUCAUCCACGCUGGCAGGCUGGGGGGAAUUAUAUGGACGCACUGGCUACAACUACAUCUUCUCAGGGGGCUCUGAUGACACAUGGGCAGAAUCAGAAGAAGUCCCAGAGGAUGAUUCUGCUGUCCGGAAUGGAGAUUCACAGCUGUUUGAUAAAGUGAGGGGUUCAGACAUUAAGCUGCUGAAGUAUCUGUCUGUGCGCUACAUCUGUGACCUUAUGGUGGAGAAUAAGAAGGUCAAGUUUGGCCUCAAUGUCACCUCCUCUGAGAAGGUAGACAAGGCCCAGCGUUAUGCAGACUUCACCUUGCUCUCUGUGCCUUACCCAGGGUGUGAGUUCUUUAAGGACUACAAAGACAGAGACUACACAGCAGAGGGCCUGGUCUUCAACUGGAAUCAGGACUUUGUGGAUGCUCCCUUGACAAUCCCUGCAUGCUUUACAAAGAACCUGAACAUUGACUGGAGUGAAUAUCAGUUAUGGGACCUGGUGCAACAGACGCAGAAUUAUCUGAAGCUGCUUCUGCACAUCAUCAACAGUGAUGAUGAAAGUGGUUUGUUGGUGCACUGUAUAUCAGGGUGGGACAGAACUCCACUCUUUGUGUCACUCCUCAGACUCUCACUGUGGGCUGAUGGUGCUGUUCAUGCAAGCCUGGAGCCAGCUGAGAUACUGUAUCUGACCAUUGCCUAUGACUGGUUCCUCUUUGGUCACAUGCUGCCUGAUCGUCUCUCUAAAGGAGAGGAAAUUUUCUUUUUUUGCUUCAAUUUUUUGAAGCACAUUGUGUCUGAGAAUUUCUCAGUCAUGAAGAAACCGAGGAGGAAGAACUCUCAGUUCAAAGACACUGAUUUCACAGUGGAUGACCUCUGCCAGCUACAGUCCAGAGACAGGGGUAGUAUGACCAGUUUGAGUAGUGAUUUUUCUUUAAUCACUGAGGAUACAGCUGCUCCCUCCAGUCUGUCUGCUGAGCCCGUGGACCUUAUCUCUAGCGGAAGAAAAGCUAUGACCUCGUCUCCUCAGACCGUGCUUUGGAACCGUUCAGUCCCAUUUGAGGAGCGACUACCUCAUCCACUUACAGAGGGCAGGUCCUCAAGCUCCUCGUCCUCCAACCAAUCAGAGCAGGGCUUUAUCCGUACAGGCAGCAGCCCAUUGGCUGUGCCGGGGAGAAGGUCCAUGGUGGAGUAUGCUCGUUCGGGGUCUUCUGUCUCUACAGAGUAUGGUAGCUGGCAGAUUGUCUCAGGCUGUGGGAGCAUCCACGAUGCAGCUCCUCUCCCUUUGGAGUCACCCCUUCCCUUCAGCUUCCAAGAUGAGGGGCCCAGCGGCCGCAUGUGUACAUUUGUAUCCGAGAGGCAGGCUCGGCUGGAGGCAGUAAGAGAGUUGUUCCUUGCGGCUUACAGCUCCACGGUGGGGCUGAAGUCCUCCUUUCCAAGUCCGUCUGGAGCCAUCUCUGGUCUGCUGGAGCAGUUUGCUCGUGGUGUCGGCCUCCGAGGCACCAACACCAUUGUCUGAACUCAACUUCCCCUUCUGUUCUGUCCUCUUUUCCUUAGUUAUUUCUGACUCUCCAUCUUGUGCUUUGUAGCAGUGAAUCACCAAGAGAAUGGUUCCUACUUCUGCUGGUCUCCUUAGUCUGACAAUUUAUAUCAUUUUCAUCUCAGAGCCCUCCAUUUGAUGUGAUUCAUCAUCCAGUGAUCCAAGUGUCAAGUAGUCCAUAUUUAUAAUAAUCCCUCCAAAAUCAGUGUUCCAAAAAUCCUGAAGAACCACAUUGCUCCUGUGCGUCAUUACAUGUCGUUUCCAAAUAGAUCUGUAAAACCCAACCCAUCUGCUUCUUCUGUUCAUUUCAUUGCCCCUGUUUCCCUUCACUAUGUGCACACCAUUCCAUCACGACUUAAAUGUGCCAAACUUAAACCUUGGGGCUACUUUUUAUUUCUUUGUUUGUUUUUAAUUGUUUUUACACCGAAUUUGACUGUUGAGGCACCUCUAGUAAAUUUCUACUUUAAUUUUUUUUUUCCAUUUAUGUCCCUCAUAGUUUCCUCUUUUAUAUAUAUUACAUUUAUAGUGAAUGGCAUGAUGAUUGAGAGCCUGAACACAACAAAGGGAAAAGGUUUCUUUUAACUCUUGCUGUAGCUGUAUUGCUGCUACAAGAAUAUGUAGUAAUGAACAAAUUCUUUAAAAUGUAAUUUCUAUGUGGACCUCAAAGGCUGUGCUUCUUUUGGGGCAUCAAACCUGUGAACAUAUUUUGUAAAUUGUCUUUGAAUUUAAUUGUUAAUGAUGCCUCUUUUUGUCUUAAGAUUCACUUAAACACUUGAAUACAUAAAGCAUUAUGAUAUGAAGUGUAAGUAACAAGUAAAAACUGCAGCAUGUAUGAAUCUGGAGAGAGAGAGAGAUGACCGUUUUCCUUCUGAACAGGAGGAGAUUAAGGUUUUGUCAGUAAUAUAACAGUGUAGUUUUCAGAUGUCUCUCUUUAAGCUAUUUUAACAGCACAGUUUGUUUCAUUUGCUAAUGUUAAACGAUGCUCUUACUCCUGGCUCUGUAAUGCUUGUGUGUUCAGUUACACUUCAGCAAAAAAAAGUAAGCAGGAGUUUUGGUGCACCUAUCAAAUAAGUUAUAACAUUGUAUUUAUGACAUUUAUGUAUUUGCCUCCUGUUCACUGUUUGUGAAUACAGAACUACUACUGGUUAGAAUCACAUCAUUUCCUGUUUGGCCCUUAAAUCCAUUGAAUCUCCAAAACCAUUUGCAGUAAAAUGAUUACAUGGCACAGAAGUAUUAACAGAUGUUUGCUUUCAUGUAAUCUGUUAUACCUCUUAGCUACUUUGUGGCCGAACCUGGCAGUGAAGUGUAACCACCACACCUUAUAUACAGUGCAGUCAGUUUCAGCUACUGAAGCUGUUUUGACAGAUGAUUUUGGUUAUGGCAAGUGUUGCUAUGAUGCUUGGUGGUGAUUGGAUACAUGUUGAAUAUAAAAUUAAAGCAGCACUUGAAAUUUAGCAUUUAACACUUGGGAUUUAUGUUCUUAAUGCCAAAUGGUUUUGAUGGCCUUUUUUUUACCUCAGGACCACCACGUGUUGUGCCUUUCUUUCUGUUAAUAUUGGGCUAUAUUUUAGAUUACUUCUACAUGGGAAUUAUGGUGUGUAUCUUUUAAAUUUUAAACACAUUAUUUUUAUUACUUCAGAGUCUUCAGUCUAGCUACAUUUGAAUACGUUUUGGGAUGGGAAUGUUGCAGACUUGGCCAUGAUUUUGUUUCUUAAGACAUACUGUUUUUUUCCCCCCAUAUUAUUCAGUCAAACUUUAACUACAUGACACAGACCUUUGGAAUUGUCAAUCUAAGAGCUUUAGAGUGUCUACAGUCACUCUGAUCAGCAUGGAUUUUUUUUAAAAAUUUUUGCCCGCAAUGUCCAUCCAAAUCGUAUAGAACUGUUUUUUCAUAGAUUCCACAUAAACAUUUGUCAGGCUCAUAAAAAUAGACAUCUGGCACUGAAAGUACUAUAGCAAAUUACUACAGCAAUAGCAGUCAAGCACCUUGCAUGAUUUUGCAUGUUUUUCUUUUCAUUGCUUGUUUUCUUUCACAUGAUCCACUAUUUUCAGAAUUCAUUUUUCUCAUGAAAAGUCCAGUUGAGUUACUUUUUAAUUUGGAAAUUUACCUUUUAAUGCUAGUCUUUUCCUUAAUCACAUUUUAAUGAAAUUUUCAUUUGCACUCAUUCUGUCCUGUUUAUAGAGAGUGGUGCACUCUUUGUCUUUGUACAGUGUUUUUGUUCGUUUGUUCGUUUUAAUUUUAUUGAUUCCUUAAUAUCUCAUUAUGGUGGCUGAGGAGAUAUGGGACAGAUGCUCUUCCAGUGAAAAUAAAAGAAGAAAUUAAAAGUAA